AUGGUGCCCACAACCACCCAGGAGGCUUGCGGAGGCCACUUUCCGCAUCCCGUCGCGGAUGGCACCCUCGCUCGCUCGGUGCCGCUUCCUCUGCUGGUCGAGCAGCAGCGCGAUCGCAUUCGCGCAUUGGUGCAGGAGCGCGACACUGCCGCAGCGGAGCUCAGUGAGCUGCACACCUUGUUCCAGCAUCUGCAGGGCGACUAUGAGGAGGCAACGCGCGAGACGGACGGGUUGCGACUACAGCUGAGCAGUCUCCGCAUGCAGCACGAGAUGCAAAACGAAGAGCACCAGCUGUUGCGGGCAAGCCACGCGCACCAGCAGCAGCGCAUUCAGGAGUUUGAGUUGGAGUGGGCCGGCAACUCCAAGCAUCUCCGUGAGCAGCUGGACACGCUCGUUAGUGAGAGGGACGCCAUGCAGGCACAGCGCGACGCCUGCAUGGCUGACUGUACCGACUUGCGCCGGCAGUUAAUUCAACUGCAAGCCGAGAUUCACAGUGAAGAGUCAAAGCAUCGUGAAACGCUGCGAGAACAGGCCGAGACACACGCGCAGCAGCUCCGCUCUGCCCUUCGAGAAAAGGAGGAGCAGCUUCAGGCGAGGGCGGCAGCGACCCGGCAUGAGGCACGGCUAGUGCAGCAGGAGCUGGAUCAGCUCGGCGCCGGUCAAACUGCUGCGCACGAGGAACGCGAGUCCAUGCGAUGGCGCCUCUCGGAGCUGGAGGUGGUGGUGACAAAGAAGGAGCAGCUCCGCGCGGAGCUGGAGCGGACGGUAGGUGCGCUCCGCUUGCGGCUGGCUGAUCAGGAGGAGGCGGCGCGCCAAGAUGCGCAGCGCUACGCGCAGCGUGUCCAGGACCUGGAGCAGCUGUACCGAGGUCAGGUCUCACAGGAGCAGCACCGUGCUCGGACGCUUCAAGACGAUCUGGCCGCUUCCCGCAAAGCGGUGCAAGAAGCACUGCGACAGCAGGAGGUCCUUCAGCAGUCCCAUAGCGAGCGGACGAGGGAGUUGACAACUCGCGCCUCAAAGCUCGAGGACGAUCUCCGCCAACAGCUCCGCGCUCUCCGCGCAGAGUUGGAGGAGGCUCAGGCGCGUGCGCUUCAGCACGAAGCUACCACUCGCCGCAUCCAGCGCGAUACAGAGACGCUGCAGGCUACAUGCUCUAGUGAACAAGAGGCGCGUGAGCGGCUACAGCAGGCGCACACAGCACAGGCCCAGCAGCUGUUGCGCGCCGAGGGGAGCGUGCAUGUUCUCCAGGCGCGCCUGCGAGAAAAGGAGAGAGAAGCGGAGCUCCUGCGGUGCGCCAUGGAGCAGGCCACAUGGACGCGAGAGAUGCGGCAGGCAGCGCGCCACACACUGGCAUCCCUUCUUGGGGUGCCGCGGGUGUCCGUGUGCGGUAGCCGACGUCGCCGAAAGGGCGAGGUGGCAGCGGAAGGGGACGAGGAAGAGAGGGAGGGCUGGUCACCAGCGCUGCAGCUCGAGUGGGCGGCGGAGGCGCAGGGCAGUGCCCCCUCCCCAUCGUCUCGCAAAGGCCAACAUACCGGCCAUACCGCAACUACUGACGAGGGCGACACCACUUAUGCUGUACCGGAGGGCGGCGAAUCUGUCCCAUCUGCCAGCGAGGCGGAGGGGGCUGUGUCGUCGACUUUCAGGAGUGCUGUUCGUGUGAAACGCGCGCAGCCUGCGCCGGAUAACACUUCUUCGAGUCUUCAGCGCCCACCAGCGACGCCGACGCAGGCAACAACCGAGCAGCACGUGGAGACGAUCGAGCGCACUGUGCAGCGAGGUACAGGCCAGUCUGAUGGCGAGGGGCACGCGGGACCAUCCGCCGAAGGGGGGCAUCUACUUCAGCCGCCGCUCUCGUUCCGCGCCGGGUUCCCACUGACCGCCACGCCGCCUUUACAUCCGGGGACGCCGUGCGCAGCUGGUGGUAGCUCUCCGUGGCGGGCUCAGGGAUCGGCUGGCAAUGCUGCCUCAGCAUACUCUACUGCAGCCGUGUUCCGCGGUGCUGGUGGUGACACAUCGACGUUCUCAUCGCCUCUGCGAGUGCCCUCCUUUAUCCAGGGCCACACCACCGCUGGCGUUGGGGUAGCAGCAGCCACUGGUGGGGAGAAUCCCCUGCGCACCCCCACCGGCGCGACAAGAGCACAGCUACUUUCUACACCCCUUCCCUCCCGUCAACAGGUGGGUCACGUCUACAACAUCUCUGACGAGGAAGAGCAGCGACACCAGCUGCAGGCGGUGAUUUCGGGCGGUACUGCUAGUCCAGGUCCCUAUGCUACAGAGCUCACGCGUGGAUGCUCACUCACACAAAGACCGCGGUGGGCGUCACCGCUGGCAAGGCAGGCAGGCGAGGUUUUCUUCGAUGAUGUCGUGAGAGCGCCGCGUGCGCAAAGUUUCCCGGCGAAGAUGCUGAAUAGGGGCGCAGAUGCAGGUGGUGUUGCUGUUGCAGCAGUAAGCCAUCCGCGACGCGCGGUGUCGGCACAGCUGACGGCUAUUUCUACUGCACAAGUCCGUGCCUUCAACACGUACCUCACGCCCUCUACUUACCGCGGAAGUUUUGUCUCAAGCGACAGAGUGAGCGGGACUGGCGAUACUCGCGGUGCGCAGCCAUCUUUUUCACUGGGAGACAGCCUCACCUAUGACAACGGAGCAUCUGCACCAGGCGCCCGCGCGGCGGAGCUCAUCGCGCAGCUGCCACAUCCCUCAUCGGGGGCUUCCUUCGGUGCUGCUGCGGCCUCUGACAAGUCGCCGGUGAUGGAGCGCAGGGCGUUGAACAUCAACCGCCACCGCAACGUACUUCACAGCGGAGAUGCGGCGCUUCAGCAAUAUCUUCGCGACACCGUGCAGCAAGUACUCGCUGCUCACGAACACGAGGGGACACCCCAGCGUGAGCCGCACCAUGCAGCACGGCAGCGGCUAGACGGCAGUUCCUCUGUCCCUGCUGCUUAUGGAUGCCGCGGAGAUGGUGUCAGUAGUGUAGGAGAAGUGGAUGAAGACGAUUUCGGCUCUGCGUCUCUUCUCCGCUCGUCCGUUGCAGUGCCGCUUGUGCGACCGACCCCACAGCCAGUGUCUACGGUGAGCUUCGUGAACGGCGGCGGGGCGACUCGCAUGGUUGGCCCAGGUGACAGCAGCCGAAGUGAUGCACGCCGGCACGAUUCUGAGAGAGAGCAAUGUGGAGCUGACGGAGUUGCCUCUGCGACUCGGCGAGGUCGUCUGACCACUUCAACUCUACAAACGACGCCAUCAGCAUUAUCAACAGCGACAAGCACUCAGACCCGUCUCAGAGACGGCGGCAUUGCACACACGCUUGAACAACUUGCCAGCCGACAGCAGCAGCUCUUGCAAUCACUGGGCCAUCUACCACACGCGAUAGUCCCGGCCGCGCACAGUGCCACUGUCUCAUCCCCGUCACCGUGGCAAGCGACAGCUGCAGACCCUCACCUCAACGGGGACUUGCGGAGCGGUGCCAGUAUCACUGUGCCCAGAUCUCUUUUCCCGCAGGAACGCGGAUGCUACAUUCAGCACCAGGGCCAGCACGAACCUGAAGAGAGCCGCGGCGUAGUACGGUCGUCUGUGGGUGUGAGCGCGGCUGGGGAAGUACCUGCAGACGCCGCCGACUCUGUGUUGACUGUCAGUGCACGUUUGCCUAACACUGAUUCCGCACACUUCGGGAGAAGCGUUGUUGCAGAAGGUCAUCCUGCAGCCUCGGCACGUUGUGUGAAGGAGAGCGAUGUCGGCGCCGAUGUCGAGCUUGAUCCUCGGCAGCUCUCCUACUCGACCACCGCCACCACGGCUCAGCUCACGGAUGCACAAAAGGAGGGCCAAUCAGCGGCGCGGAAGGGAAUGAGCGACUCGACAGCAGUGGCUCAAGGAGCACAGCCCGGAACUGAAGGGCAAGAUCGGUGGCUAGCGGGGUCAGCGCUCACAGUAGGGGUGGUGGUGACGACCACGGCAAGCGCAAGGUCUGCGCCAUCCGUCUCUGAGGUGUCAUCGCUGUCGCAGCUCGAGAGACGGUUCGCCGCGCCAUUCUGA